GGGUUUUGGGUUUUAAGUUUUCAACGGAAGUAAAUAAAUAAAUAAAAUAAAAGUGAACUGGGGAAUCGGAAUUGAGACUCCGGAGUUGGCUUCGAACGUCCUACUUCCGACGAAAUCAAGGGGAUUUGACUGCUAAUUCAUGGGUUACAUUCAGGAAGCUCGAGAAAAUCAUGUGAAGAAGAAAGUAGAGGAAGCUUUACGCAGCAAAAUGAAGCAGAAAGCGUUGAAGGAGUGCGAUCAUUACGCUUCGAAAUAUGCUGAAUGCGCUUAUGGCAGAACGUUAUCUGUCAUUUUCAAGUGUCGUAAUCAAGCUAAAGAAUUGAACAAUUGUCUUCACUUAUACACUAACGACUCCGUGUUGGACGAGAUGAAGCGGGAAUAUGCACUUCAACAUGAUGGGAAGCCUUGAGAAAGAGUAUAACAUUACCCAAUGAGAACUGAAGAUUAAUGUUAUGUAUCAGUCUCAGGCGCACUAUCAGAUGAUUGUCACUGAAGUAUUGAUAUUAGUAAGACUUGGACGAAAGUUGAGGCUUUUUUCAUUUUGUGAUCUGAACAAGCAAAGAAAUUCUGGUUUUUUGGCAUAAGAAUGAUCUUUGAUCUCUUCAUGUAUAAAAUCCAAUGCUAUUCUUCUACGUUAAAUCAUAAUCUUUACCAUUUUUGCAGGCAUAUCUUUACAAGGAACGAGUUGUCUUCAAUAUAAUUUUUGCCGAAUGCUAAAGUUUCCUUCCAUUUGCCAUUUAGGAUCCUAGUUGUUAGACUAGAGAAAGCCAUAAUCUGAUUUACGGACUUCGGCGUCCUUGACUUGCUUGGAGUGUAAAAGAAGAAUGGCGAAUAAUAUGAAGUUUAAAUUCUGUUAUUGACAA